AUGGCAGCACCCCCACCACUUCUCAAGACCUACAAUGACGCCUUCGCACUUGUGGAAGGGGACCCAUACCAACAGAACUAUGGCCCACUGUCGCAAGCCUUCAGGAGCAACAAUGCACCACCAGACAGCGACAAACUCUACUUCCGCGUCGCCAGCUCCGACACCUCAUACCCAGAUGCCUUCCUCUGCGUUUUGCGAGACGACGAUGGACCCACCUACUGUGUUGUCCAUGCUGUCUCCAGCUAUCCAAGCGUAUUGGCCUUCACCAUCCCUGCCAACUACACCAACGUACCAGGGUCACUGGAAAGGGCAAGAGAAAUUUUGGACGACAAUCCCGAAUUCACCAUGAUUGGUCUACUCCCUGAUGGCGACGCCAACAUCCAACAGUGUCGGGCCCGACCUUUCUUCCCUUUGCCACCACGUUACGUGAAUAUCUUCCUGGGACAACGACUGCCAAUUUGGGAAGGAUUUGUUAAAUUUUCUAAGCGACUCAUGGAGACCGGAGAUCACCAGGCCUGCCCAGAACUUUCAGAAUGGCUCCUCCUGUCCACUACCCAGAAGACUAGAGAUGGCGCCAAUCCACCAGUCCUAAUGGGAGACUUCAACGUACCAUUGGCCGACGCUAAGCUCCUCAAGCAUCGUCAACAGCUACUGGAGAAGCAAUAA